UUUCAUCACAGCAAAUACCUCGUUGUGAGGCAACCAUGUCGGUUCCGAUCGGGUAUAUGGAGCCUCCGCACUACAUCCAGCCUUCUGCGUUGGCUGAGAUCCUGCGCGACCCCAGCACGUCCAGCAAACGGCCCGUCAUCAUCGACGUGCGCGACACGGAUUAUGCUGGUGGCCACAUUCGCUCAGCAGUGAACAUUCCGGAGGACAAUUUCAUGGACGAUGACGACGUGGACGCCCUCGUGGAGAAGUUCAAGAACGAAGAUGCCAUUGUGUUCCACUGCAUGAUGAGCCAGGUGCGCGGGCCUUCCUGUGCCAAGAGAUUCAAGUCUCGGAUGGAGGUAGUGCUAGAAGGAGCCAACCACAAACCCCGCGUACUCAUUCUGCAUGGCGGCUACGAACGCUUCGGAAGGAUCUACAAGGACGAGACCGAUCUCAUCGAGCUGGACGACUAACUUCUUGUGCACCUUCGCACACUCCAUUUGCACAGAGACCAACUGUAGACUCUAAAGACGGUAGUCUGCGCGCUUAGCAGGCGGUGAUUGCUUCUUCGUGAUGUAGUCAAUGAGGAACGUCGCCUUGAUACAUUCGA